GGGGUGGGGAUGAACUCUCGGAUCUAAGCACACUUCUCCGCGAUGGAAGUCUCAACACAUUGUCAUCCCUCACUUGUGUAAACUCUCCUCUACCAAUCCCAUAUACACACACAUACAUACAUAUAUCUAUCAAGAUGGAAGGUGCAACAAUGGUUAAAACCUCUUCUGUGUCUCCAAUGCCACUCUUGUUACCGUAUCCUAAAACUUGUAAUUUGGUUUAUGCUAGGAGAAUUAGUACUGGUUGUUUGAAAAUGCAUAAAGUUGUAUCUCAGGCCAGCCAAGGCAGAGGUGGGGAGAUUACUGAUAAGAGUACUAGUAGCAGCAGCAGUAACAGAGUGGAGGAUUACAAUACUGCUAUGAAGAGAUUGAUGAGGAACCCUUAUGAAUAUCACCAUGAUCUCGGCAUGAACUAUACAUUGAUCACUGAAAAUCUGAUUGUGGGCUCCCAGCCCCAGAAAGCUGAAGAUGUGGAUCACCUCAAAAACGAAGAAAAUGUUGCAUACAUUCUUAAUUUGCAGCAGGACAAAGAUUUUGAGUAUUGGGGGAUCGAUCUACAGUCUGUAGUAAAUAGAUGUCAAAAGAUUGGAAUUCGUCACAUGAGAAGGCCUGCUAGAGAUUUCGAUGGUGACUCCCUAAGGGCUGGAUUACCUAAAGCUGUCUCCUCGCUAGAAUGGGCUAUUUCAGAAGGUAAAGGUAGAGUAUACGUACAUUGUACUGCUGGAUUAGGAAGAGCUCCUGCAGUUGCUAUUGCUUACUUGUUCUGGUUCGGUGACAUGGAUUUAAACACAGCGUACAGUUUUCUUACCUCAAAGAGACCUUGCGGACCUAAUAAAAGAGCAGUGCAGGGAGCUACAUAUGAUUUAGUUAAAGAUAAUCCCUGGGAGGAGCCAUUUGAAAGUCUUUCAGAAAAUGCUUUCGAGGACAUGGCAGAUUGGGAGAGAAAAAAAGCUCAGGAUCGUGUCCGCUCCUUACGUGGAACAUAAGAAAUACCGUGCAGGCUACAUUUCACGGAUAUCCUUCAAAUAAACAAACCAAAGCUUCAAAUAAAAAACCGUGAACUACUUUGUAAAAUACUGCCUGAACAGUAUUUUAAACGUUCAAUGUACUAAUAGCAACUGGAAUGCACUGCUCCUUGAUGCGAGCCACUGCCGCGAAAGCCUUGUACUGUUGCAUUGCACAUUAAAGUAAUGUAGCCAAUAAGAAUGCAUGUGGUUUUUGUUGUUUAGAAA